CUAGCAUUGAGCUGAACUGUAAAUCCUGGAGCUGUAUAAUAAAUGAAUCGGCUAACAACUUGAAACUUCAUCCUUCAUUUUCAGAACGGAUUACCUAAAUAUACUGAGUGCAACGGAUCCCCAGUUGUACUGAACUGACAAUUUGAAAAAGGAAAAGUAACCAGUGUUCUACUCUACUUAAUUUCCUCAGCCAUUUUGACUGCACGCCUGGAGGCUAUUUUUUCCUGUUGCUCCUUUACAAGUAUACACGGCUUGCAAAUUGGUUGCAACUUUGUGCCAGAGCAGUAAAGCGAGAUGAGUCGCCUCUUUAAGAUCUGAUUGGACUGGGUUCGUUCUGAGGGCAGGAAGAAGUUGGCUGGGCUGCUUCUUCGUUGUUUCAACAACUGAAGAAUACAUUUAAAAAAACACCGAACUGUAAAGGAUGGAGUGCUACCUGUUGGAGAUUUACCUGCUUCUAGCGCUUGCUCUUCUGCAGCGAUCGAGCUGCGCUACAGCGAAGGAACUGACCUGCCAGGAGGUAUCCGUGCCUUUGUGUAAAGGAAUCGGCUACAACUAUACCUACAUGCCUAACCAGUUUAACCACGACACACAGGAUGAAGCUGGCUUGGAGGUACACCAGUUCUGGCCUCUGGUUGAGAUCCAGUGUUCCCCGGACCUGAAGUUCUUCCUCUGCAGCAUGUACACGCCGAUCUGCCUGGAGGACUAUAAGAAACCACUGCCGCCUUGCAGGAGCGUCUGCGAGAGAGCUAGAGCUGGGUGCGCACCUUUAAUGCGGCAGUAUGGCUUUGCUUGGCCAGAUCGAAUGAGAUGUGACCGGUUGCCGGUGCAAGGCAACCCAGAUACACUGUGCAUGGACUACAAUAGGACUGAUUUAACUACUGCUUCGCCGUUCUUUCCCAAGCCGACUAUUCACCCUGGCAAGCCAUCAAGCCCGCACAAAAACAAAAAUGGGAUCCGACCUCCAGUACCGGGCAGCAAACACCGACCCCCGGUUACCCCCUGUGAGCCAGGGUGCCAAUGCCGUGCGCCUAUGGUAAAGAUCACCAGCGAGCGGCACCCCCUAUACAACAGGGUCAACACGGGUCAGAUGCCGAACUGCGCAAUACCAUGCCACAACCCUUACUUCACCCACGACGAGAGAACUUUCACCGCUUUCUGGAUUGGACUUUGGUCAGUGCUUUGUUUUGUUUCCACUUUUGCCACAGUCGCCACUUUCUUGAUUGACAUGGAAAGGUUCAAAUACCCGGAGAGGCCGAUCAUCUUCCUGUCAGCUUGCUACAUGUUUGUUUCUGUGGGCUACAUCGUGAGGCUGAUCGCCGGGCACGAGAAAGUAGCCUGCAACAGGGAGUACGAGGUGGAGCACAUUCACUACGAGACCACGGGUCCCGCUCUGUGCACUGUUGUGUUUCUCUUGGUUUACUUCUUUGGCAUGGCCAGCUCCAUCUGGUGGGUCAUACUGUCCCUGACUUGGUUCUUGGCUGCUGGAAUGAAAUGGGGCAACGAGGCCAUAGCAAGUUAUUCUCAGUAUUUCCACCUGGCAGCUUGGCUGAUCCCGAGCAUCAAAUCUAUUGCUGUACUGGCACUCAGUUCUGUGGACGGUGACCCGGUGGCUGGGAUCUGCUACGUUGGCAACCAAAACUUAGACAAUCUCCGAGGCUUCGUGUUGGCGCCUUUGGUUAUAUACUUAUUUAUUGGGACAAUGUUCCUCUUGGCGGGGUUCGUGUCUUUAUUCAGGAUCAGAAGCGUGAUCAAGCAAGGGGGCACAAAAACGGACAAGUUAGAAAAGCUGAUGAUCAGGAUUGGGAUUUUUACAGUACUUUACACGGUGCCUGCAACAAUUGUAGUCGCAUGCUAUUUUUACGAACAGCACAACAGACAGAGUUGGGAAAUUACCCACAACUGUUCCUGCUUGGUAGAGAAGGACACAAAAAAGCCAGAAUACGCUGUAUUUAUGUUAAAAUACUUUAUGUGCCUUUUGGUGGGCAUCACCUCAGGAGUGUGGAUCUGGUCGGGGAAAACUCUGGAGUCCUGGCGAGCUUUCACUACGCGGUGCUGUUGGGGAAGUAAAGGCACGAGCGGUUCCCUGUACAGUGAUGCUAGCACGGGACUAACGUGGAGAUCGGGUACUGCGAGUUCAGUGUCUUACCCCAAACAAAUGCCACUAUCCCAGGUUUGAGAAGACCUACGGACACUCAGUUGCCUAGAGAUUCUCUCCUAGUUUAUUCCAGUUAGCACAAGAAUGAACUCCUGAUAGCUUUUAUUAGCCAGAAGUAGAUGCGCCAGGUGGAACAAUGCACCUGGCAUAAUUACUGCUAAAUCUCCUAUUUAUAUGCACAGGACCUCCAGUGGGUAACCAUUUGGGAGGAAAGGGCAGUGCAUUGUCUGUGCCCUGAAGGCAAGGCUGUCUUAAAUAUAAAUGUCCCUAGCAGGAUACAAUUUAACGUUUAUUGUUUAAGCUAAACAUUUUACCAGGAAGGCGUAAUUGACUGCAAUCGUGUGUCAAAGCUGGUUUAAAAUAAGCCUUAAAGUCUUAGUACCCAGGUAUUAUACGUGUUUUCUCGCCAAAAAAAGUGUUUAUAUAAUUAUUUGUAUUGUGUACAAACUUGUAAAUUGUGUAUAUAUCCAAAGUUAUAAAAAAUAUUGUAAAUUCUGUAUAAAAUGUAGCUCUCACCAUGUGAUAGCAAAAUAUUUGACUUCUAUUUUGACAAUAAAAAAAACUUUUUGAUAAAAUAA